AUGUCAGGGUUUAAAGGCACAUUCACUAAAGAAGAGGGAGGCGAAAAGAACUUAGACUAUGACGAUUCAGCCUUUUAUUACUUCGCAGGAGUUGUCCUUAUAAUCGUGAUAAUCCCAACAGUGUAUUACUUUAUUAAGUACCAGAUCUUGGGCGUGGAAACUAAAGAAUCACCAAUAGUCACAAAAAAAGGGACAAUUACUCACGAUUGUCCUUGUGCUAUUUGUGUGCAGAAAAGGUCAGUUUUUAAAACUCCUCAGAAAGCGUCUAGGUUUGGAAUGGCUGGGUUCUGCCACUUACUAUUGAUAAUCUUAUUAGGGUAUGCCAUUUAUGUGACAGCAGUCAAUAUCAGCAAUUCCCCAAAAGGCAUAAAAACAUUUGACCCUUAUGAAAUCUUAGAAAUCGAAGUGGGCGCGACUGAUAAGCAAAUUCGCUCAGCUUUCAGAGAACUCAGUAAAAAAUACCACCCUGAUAAAAACCCAGGGAACAAUUGGGCAGCUGGCAAGUAUAUAACCAUUACAAAAGCCUAUGAAACAUUGACGAAUGAGCUGGCUAAGGCAAAUUAUGAAAAAUAUGGAAAUCCUGAUGGGCCGUCUCCUGCAAAAGUUGCUAUAGGGCUGCCGAUGUUUUUGCUGAAAACAGAAAACCAUGUAUCGAUUUUGGUGGUGUUCUUUGUGAUUGUGGUUAUAAUUGUGCCAGGGAGCUUGUAUUUGUGAAUCACGACAUCGAAAAAGGUGGAUAAGAAUGGAGUUUUGCAAGAUAACAUGCCGAUGUAUACAGAUUUAUUAUUAAUAGAUUAUAGUAAUUUCAUCUUAAAUUAUAUAAAAAGUAUGGCUUUUGGCUUAGUUUAAGCUGAAAUCUUAAAAAAUAGAAUACUUAAAGCUUAUCAAUGAAAAUAUGAAUAUCAAGCAAUGUUUAUUGAUGAUUGCGAUCAGUGCUGAAUUCCAUGAACUUCCAGUACCAAAAUCUGAUGCACAAGAGCUGAACAAAUUAAGGCUGAAAUUCCUAGAAUAUAUACCAAAAAAGCAAAACCUUAACCCAAAGAUACUAACUCCCCCCCCCUCCGUGAGUGAACAAAAAAAUUUUGUUCACUCACGGAGGGGGGUUAAUUUUUUUAAAUAAAUUUAUAUAUAAAUUUUAUAAAAAAAUAUUUUUUUUCGAAAUUUAAAAAAAAUCCUAAUUCGCAAAAAUUGGAAAGCAAAAAUAUUAAUUCAAUUUAAACAAAAAUUUAUGUUUUAAAAAAACAAUUCGUUUAAAAUUAAAUAGAAUUAGCUCUAGAUUUCAUUAUACUAAUUAUCAUUUAUAUAUCAAAAUUUUUUUCCAUAAAAAAUUUUUGUUCACUCACGGAGGAUGGUUUUUUGGGCAAAAAAUAGGGAUUUUUCUAAUGUUUUUGCUCACUCACGGAGGGGGGGGAGUAAAAGUUUUGCUGUUGCUGCUUGCACAUAUGAAUAGAAAAAAUCUUUCAGAUAAAGCCCAGAAGGAUUUGAACAUGAUUUUAACUAAAGCUGUCUUAACUAGCUUAUUAUCUAAAAUCGUGCGAUACUCUAUAUAUUUAUUAUUGGGGCUAGUAAUUAUAUUUAGGGGUGCCUUUUUAGUCUGUGCCAUUAAUAAUUAAACAAAGCUGUCAAUAUUAUUGAAACCAUGCUUGACUGUGCAUAUAUCAUUAAUUCAGUCCCAAGAGCCAAAAAAAUGAGCAUACACACAUUUACUUUGCUAAUAGAAGUUGCUCAGUUAAUAACGCAAGGACUAUGGCUUCAUGAAAGCAAUUUAUUAAUGCUCCCACACAUAAAUGAUGGUAACUUGAAAUUAUUUAGUAAAAGCAAAAGUAAAGGAAAAAUUUCUGAUAUUGAUAUCAAUAACUUAUCAAAAUGGGCUUUAUAAAUAUUAUAUUUUUUAUGACUUGCUGGUUAAUUUUUAUAUUAAAGAUUUAAAUUGAAAAUAUAUAGGCUGCAUAUGAAAAAAAUUUCUAGGAAAAUUAUGCAAAUAUCUCCACCCAUCAAAAUUCGAAAAAUCACUAUCAGAGCAACAAAUUUCUGACAUAAAAGAAGUCCUUAAUUAUCUUCCAAAGCUUAAAGUAGAAUAUUCAGUAUUCGUUGAUGGAGAAGAAGAAAUUGCAGACGGAGACGUGAUCACUGUAAAAGUUGUUAUUACAAGAGAGCAGCUUCAAGAAAACCAAUUCGUCGGGCCUAUCCACGCCCCAAGAAUACCUCUAUCAAAGUACGAAAAACUAUGGCUUCUUAUUGUAGAGCCAAAAUUCAAUAAAGUUCUCUAUAUGAAGUCAUUUUUCACCAAUGAAAGAGUUAUUGAAGACAAAGACUUCAAGGUGCCACUAGGCCCACAAGGAUUCAAUAUUGGCCCAGGUGAGCAUUCAUGGGAAAUUCAUGUUAAAUCUGACUCAUACUACGGUCUCGACGUCCUCGAAAAGCUUAAUUUCACAGUGAAAAAGCCUGAAGACGCCAAAAGAGAAGAGUAUAAAGUCCACCCUGAUGAUGAAAAUAUUGAAAAGAAUGCUACUUGGCUUCAAAGCGUGAUGACUGGCUUGCAGCCUGAAGAAGAAAGUUCAGAGGAAGAAAAUAUUCCUGAGCUAGAAGAAAUCCCUGAAGGUAAAUCCGAAGAAGUAAUCUACUUUAUAUAGGCUUAAUUAAUAUUUAUAUGCUUGGCCAGCUAUUUUUUAUCAGAAAAAUGGGAUUUUAUUAAUUUUAAAAAAAUAAAAAAUAAAUAGAUAAGUGUAGAAGAUUUUGAGCUUUUAGAAAAUUAG